AUGUAUCACCGUCUCCUAAUUACGCGGCGAUCCGUCAAGCUGCGUUGUCCAUUCUCGCGACUCCUAAGUAAUGAAAGCAGACGCCGAAUCCUGUGCGUUGACGUUCCUGAAAAAUUAGCUGAGGAUUCGUGCGUCCAGGAACUAGUCCAGCGCGGUCACGUGGUGGACCAAGUGCGUGCCGCGUCAGACGAGUACCUGUCGUCAGUGGUAAAGGAUUAUGAUGCGCUUCUAGUAGCGCCAGGCACGAAGCUCUCGCGUAAUAUAUUGAGCGUGGGUGCAAGGCAUAAUUUGCAAUUGGUUGCUGUUCCUGCCACCUCCAUUCCCAGCGAAGACAUUGAUCUCAUGGAAGCCACUAAUCAGGGCGUGAUGCUACUACAGCUAGAGUCGAAACAGGUUGGUGACCGCUCGUCUGUCGAAGCAGAGAUUGGAUUAAGUCUCUUGAUCCAGCUGGUCCGUCAUCUGCCUCGUAGUAUCGCCUGCAUGCGCUCCGGAACGCCAUUUGACCGGCAGGAGUUUGCUGGCACAGAACUAGCUGGCAAGAGCCUCGGUAUCGUAGGCAUCGGACAAGCUGGACGACGAAUGAUAGAUCUGGCUCUUUCCCUUGGACUACAAACUCUAGGAUUUGAUCCAAAUUUGAACCAGGAAGCAGCUGAACUUAUGGGAGUCAAGAGCGUUACCAUGGACGAGCUAUACGAAACAUGUGACUUCAUUACUUUUCACGCCCCAUUGACGGCACGGACACGCGGUAUGUUUGGAGAUGAAGCUUUAGAAAAGUGCAAAUUUGGUGUCAAAAUUAUAUCGGUGGCCGAGUACAGGGGUAGUCAUGGGCUGUUGAACGCGGAAACGCUGCUGCGCGGUCUCAAGUCAGGAAAGAUCAGUGGUGUGGCCCUCGAUCUGCUUCAGCCAACAGGACGAAACGAUAUGGAGCUACCACCAGCGUAUGAAGAGCUUAUGAAACACGAAAACGUCAUCACGAGUGUUCAUGUUGACGGUUUGGCGUCGGAUGAUACGCUACUAGAUCGCAAAUACCGACUUCUGGCAGAAAAUGUUGCUGAUGCUCUGGCUCAGCGAUAUUUUCGGGGUGUUGCAAAUGGCGUAUUUCUGCCGCUAACGCUAUUAUCAGAGAUGAGGCCAUUUCUCGAGCUGAGCGAGUCUCUGGGUCGUUUCGUGCACCAGCUCACUCAUUCUGCCGACCCAAAUUCUCAGAUCACGAACGUGUUCCUGGAGAGUACCGGUGGAUUACAUAUCGACAUAACUACACCACAAGCUCGUCAGGCUUUGCAGAAUUCAUUACUUAAAGGUAUGCUGGAAAGCAUACGUGGACAUAAAGAUAUUGAAGAGAGUGAAGAGUUACCCACGGUCGGUCUUUUAAACUCGUCGCUGCUUGCCAUGGCGGAGGGAAUUGACGUCCGUCAAGGUGAUUUGAAGACUGACUCGACGCGUCAUCUGAAGAACAGCGUGGCUGUGAUGGUAGAGACGCAGAACAAAGACCGCCUUCUCGUGAAAGGCAGUGUCUUUGGCGAGGAUCCGCGUAUCGUAUGUGUGAAUGAAUACUCCGACUUUCCGGCGUUCCGACCGGAAGGCAACCUGAUGCUUUUUAGCAAUGAGGAUGUUCCGGGUGCUAUUGCUGGAAUCCUAAGUGAGCUUACCAAGGCAAAAAUCAAUAUUGCCAAUUUUGGUUUAUCUCGUCAGAACAACGUUAAAUAUUCACUUGGUAUUCUCGCGCUUGACUCGAUGCCCUCAAAUGAAACAUUGGAUGCUUUAAAGGAUUUACCCAGUGUGCGUAGCGUUCGCUUUGCACAGAUUUAA